GGGCCAGCUGCGGGCGGGCCGACGUGUCUCGGCAGCUCCUGCCCAGCCUCGGCCCUGACGGGUCCGCCAUGGCGGGCUCGCGGCUGCCCCGGCGCCUGUUUCUGCAGGGUGUGGCGGCUGCCUUCAUGUUCGCCUUCGCCUCGCUCUACGCGCAGAUCCCUGGGCUAUAUGGGCGCGAUGGGAUCCUGCCUGCCCGCAAGAUGCUCCGGCCUCUGGGGAAGGGUCUGUGGCAGCAGCUGUGGGAGGUCCCCACGCUGCUCUGGCUGUCCCCACGCCUGGGGCUGGACACGGAGCAGGGCAUGGAGCUGCUGAGCCUCCUGGGGACGCUGUGCAGCCUGGGGGCCCUGCUGCUGCCCUCCUGGCGCCAUAGCCUGCUCUAUCUGCUGCUUUGGAGCCUCUACCUCUCCCUCUACCAGGUGGGACAGGUGUUCUUGUACUUCCAGUGGGACUCCUUGUUGCUGGAGACAGGUUUCCUAGCGGUACUGGUAGCCCCUUUGUGGCCCCCGUGGGGCAAGGAGACAGGAGCCCCCCCACACGCAGACGUCCCCUUCUGGCUGGUUCGAUGGCUUCUUUUCCGUCUUAUGUUUGCCUCAGGAGUGGUCAAGCUCACGAGCCGCUGCCCUACUUGGUGGGGUCUCACAGCCCUGACCUACCACUAUGAGACACAGUGUCUGCCUACACCUGCCGCCUGGUUUGCCCACCACCUGCCUGUCUGGCUUCACAAGCUCAGUGUGGUGGCCACCUUCCUCAUUGAGAUCGCCGUACCCGUCUUGUUCUUUGCCCCCAUCCGCCGGCUCCGCCUUGCUGCGUUCUAUUCCCAGGCCUUGCUCCAGGUCCUCAUCAUCCUCACAGGGAAUUACAACUUCUUCAACCUGCUCACCCUGGUGCUCACCACAUCCCUGCUGGAUGAUCAGCACGUGGCCUGGUGGCUGGGCACAGGCCGAACGAAGCAGCCACCUGCUUCCUGGGCCCAGCGGCUCCUGACUGGCCUGUCCCUGCUGCUGGAGGUGGCUGUUUAUGGGCUCCUGGCCUACGGUACAGCGCACUACUUUGAUCUGGAGCUGGACCCAGAGUGGGGCAGCAUUCAGGCCAAGACAGCCUUCACCUUCCACGAGUUCUCCCAGUGGCUAAAGGUGGUCACGAUGCCCUCUGUGUGGCUGGGCAUGGCUUCCCUGCUCUGGGUGCUGCUGACUGCCCUCUACAGGUGUGCCCGGAUCCGCAGAUGGCUAGGAAAGCUCAAGGCCACCAUCCAGCUAUCCAUCAUAGGUGCGGCUACUGUGGCCAUGUUCACAAUCAGCCUGGUACCCUACACCUAUCUGGAGCCGGGCACCAACAGGCAGCUGUGGCCCGGGGCCUAUCGCCUGUUUGGCGCCGUGGAGCGCCUGCAGCUGGCUAAUUCCUACGGCCUCUUCCGCCGCAUGACGGGCCUGGGCGGUCGGCCCGAGGUGGUCCUGGAGGGCAGCUAUGAUGGACAGAGCUGGACGGAGAUCGAGUUCAUGUAUAAGCCAGGGAACGUCAGCGUGGCCCCCCCCAUCGUGGUUCCCCACCAGCCCCGCCUAGACUGGCAAAUGUGGUUUGCUGCCCUGGGCCAUCACACCCACAGCCCCUGGUUUUCCAGUCUCGUCUACCGCCUGCUUCAGGGGAAAGCACCCGUGAUCCGCCUCCUGCAGGUCGAGAUGUCCAAGUACCCAUUCUGGGAGCAGUCACCUACAUAUAUCCGGGCACAGCUGUACAAGUACUGGUUCUCACGGCCAGGGGAGCAAGGCCGAUGGUGGCGGCGAAAGUGGUCUGAGGAGUUCUUUCCCCCAGUGUCUUUGGGGGACCCGAAGCUGGACUCGUUGCUUACCCAGUUUGGCCUUCAGGACAAGAGCCCAGGCCGACCCCCGCACAGCUCAGCCAGCCUGCUGCCUCGAGCCCUGCGCUGGCUGCGGGAUCAGCUGACCCCCCUAGCUGCCCCAGUGCUGCUCUGGGGCCUCAUCUGCUCCGUGGGGGUCAUCCACCUCCUGCAGGCGCUGCUCCUUCCCAGGCCCCAGAGGCCUGAAACAGCAGGUGGGGAGAAGAACAAGCCGGCCUCCCAGAAGGAGAAGGGGAGCAAGGAACGGUCCCAAGCCCAGAGCUCAGAGGGGCCUGGAAACAGCUCCAGGGCUGCCCGGCGAAAGAAAUAGUGUUGGCCAGCCU